UAUUACUUAAUUGCAACAAAAUGCGUUGGCUUUACGCGUGCUUUGUGAUCAUAUUGUGUGCGUUAAUCUUUUGCGAGUACGUUGCCGAUUUUGUGGUGCUGCAAAAGUGCAAAUGGCCCGAGAUACGGCGCAAGAAAUACGUGGAUGAUCCAUUACGUGCCAUGAUUAUAGCCGAUCCCCAUUUGCUGGGACCUCAUCGUGGCCAUUGGCUGGACAAGCUCUACCGCGAGUGGCACAUGACGCGUUCCUUUCAGGCCGCCUCCAGGCUGCUGCAGCCGGACGUUGUGUUCGUGCUGGGCGAUCUGUUUGACGAGGGCGACAUGGUCAGCGACAAACAGUUCCAGGAGUAUGUUUGGCGCUAUUUGCAGAUGUUUAAUUUACCCGCGGGCAUACCACUAAUCAGUGUGGUCGGCAAUCAUGAUGUCGGCUUCCACUACAAAAUGCAUCCUUUCUUUAUGACACGCUUUGAGAAUUAUCUGAACUUCUCCAAGGUGCAUUUGUACACCAUCAAGCAGAUACACUUUGUCGUUGUCAAUUCCAUGGCCAUGGAGGCCGAUGGCUGCAUGUUCUGCAACGAGGCGGAGUCGGCGCUAAAGAAUAUAUCGCGAACGUUACACUGCAUGCAACAUCCGCAUGUAGCGGAAUGCGCAAGGACUCGUCGUCAUCCGUAUAGCCAGCCCAUCAUCAUGCAACAUUUUCCCACAUAUCGCAUAUCAGACAAGGUGUGCAGCGAACACGACGCGCCGCAUAUUGAGGCAUACAGGGAGCGCUAUCAUGUGCUCUCCAAGGAUGCCACAGAGCUGUUGGGGGAACUGCUCAAGCCACGUCUGGCCUUUGCCGGACACUCGCAUUACUAUUGUCACAACGUCAAUCGAUUGGGCAUCGAUGAGUUUACGGUGGCUUCCUUCAGCUGGCGCAACAAUGUCAAUCCCAGUUUUAUGCUGGCCACAAUUACGCCGGAUGAUUAUGCGGUGUUCAGAUGCAAAAUGCUGCCACAGCAAUUUGUAUCCAACAGUUAUGUAAGCGCUGGAGUUGCCUGCCUGAUGCUAAUUGCCUACCAGUUGCGCAACUAUUUAAGUCGACGCAGGCAGGCGAUGCUGGAGGAGGAGUUGACGCAUCAGAAGCAUAAUUAACGGAGUUACGUGGAGUACGACGAGCAAUCGGGGGAUUAAUCGCUCAUUUUGUGAUUCAUGGCCAAAUUAGAGAGGCUUAAUUUAGGUAUCGUAAUGCUAGAAUAUGCGCUCUUUGCUGCUCACACAUCAUACGCAGCUUGCAUCAUAUCAAAUAGCAAACUUAUUUCUUAUAUAUAUUAAU